AUGGUAGAAGCCGAAUUAUCUCCAGCUGAAAUUGAAAGGUAUCAUAGGCAGAUUCUAUUAAGAGAAUUUGGUCUUGAAGGACAGAAAAAACUAAAAUCUGCAAAAGUUCUUGUAAUUGGAGCUGGAGGACUUGGAUCUCCAUUACUUUUAUAUUUAGCUGGUGCAGGGAUUGGAACAAUUGGAAUAGUUGAUGGCGACGUAGUCGAGACCAUUAAUCUUCAUCGUCAAAUUAUUCAUUCUUCUAACAAUUUAAAGAUAAAUAAAGCAGAAAGUGCAAGGCGAUUAUUGCAAGAAUUAAACCCAGAAAUUAAGUUGGAAAUUUAUACACAAUGGCUAACUGGAGAAUCAAGUGCCAGUAUUGUUCCAGGAUAUGACAUUAUUGUUAUUGCGACUGAUAACGUAGAAAGCCGAUAUCUAAUAAGUGAUUUAGGAGUUUAUUAUAAGAAACCUGUGAUAUCAGGUAGUGCGCUUAGGUGGGAAGGUCAGCUUACUGUAUUUUCUCCAUCUCCUUGCAUAAGAUGUUUAUUCCCCCAGCCAACACCUCGGCAUGCUUGGUCUAAAGCAUCAGACAUAGGAGUUUUAGGCCCGAUCCCAGGCGUAAUCGGCACUCUUCAAGCUAUAGAAACAAUCAAACUCAUCCUUGGGCUACCUGUAUUGUCUCGAAAGCUCCUAAUGUACGAUGGUUUAUCUUGCCAAUUUAAACUCUUUCAGCUAAGAGACACAAGUCCCACCUGCCCAGCUUGUAGUGGCCAAAUAAAUCCUCACACCUUCAACUAUGCUGAAUUUCUGGGACAAAUUCCAGCUAUCCCAAGCAUCCCAGACAAGGAAAUAAAUUGCGCAGAAUUAAAAAGAUUAAUAGAACUAAAAAGAGUGCAAAUUAUUGAUGUGAGAAAUUCGAAUCAUUUCAAUAUUUGCCAUAUAGAAAACUCAAUUCAUAUUCCAAUUCACGAUGUAGAAAAUUCAAGUGAAAUUUUCAGUUCAAAUGAGCCUUUAGUGUUUGUGUGCAAAACUGGAGCAGAUUCAGCUAGAGCUGUAGAGAAAGUUGAAGCAAGAGGAAUAGAAGCAAGCUACUUGAAAGGUGGACUUGAUGCAUGGAAAGAAGCAGAACCGAGUUUUAUUAUAUUUUAA